GUCCUUCCGCCUUUUAUGAAGUCGACUGUUGACGAAGGUGACUGGUGGAAAGGUGUGCGGGUUGAUGCGCGCGCCGCCCCUGGAGGAGGUCCCUAUAUAUGCUUGGAUACGGAGCCGAGGGGCAGUUGUCCUCGCAUCAUCACUAUGGUCAAGCACGCUCUCAUCCUCCUGGCAUCCAUGUCCGUCAUCGCAAUCUGCGUCGGCGCGGACCUCUCCCGCCUUGGCCAGGAUGGCCAUGGCGUCCACCUUGACGGCCCUAGCGGAGGCUUCAAUGGUGGUGGCAUCCGGUCAACCACCACCCGUCCAGGGGCUAAUGGAGGUGGCAUCCGGUCAACCACCAUCCGUCCAGGGGCCAAUGGUGGUGGGAUCCGAUCAACCACCACUCGUCCAGGGGCUAAUGGUGGUGGGAUCCAACUCGACGGUCCUAGUGGUGGAUUUAACGGUGGAGGAAUUCACGCGGAUGGCUAGUAACCUUAUAGCUGUAGUGAUCAUAAAGGUCGUGUGCGGAGAGGUGAGGAGCCUGGCUGAGGGACGCUCGUCACCUCUACUGUGACAACAUCCUGAAUCAUCUCAUUAUCUUCCUGCCAAUUGAUGGAAUAUUUUGUCACAAGCCAAAUGAUGUUCAUUAAAUUAUUGCAAACUAAACACUUAAUUUGUUUUUAUUAGUAUUUUAUCUUGUUAUUGUUCGUUUUUUAUGAAUUGUAAUAAAUCAAGUAAUAUCAAAUAUAA